AUGGAUUCGGAGUCUGACCAGUCAUUUGAACAAAGAAUCUCUGAAGAUUCAAACAUCAGAAGACAAUAUCAGCGUCCAAAAAUUAAAAAAGGAGUUGUUUUUGGAUUCCGACAAUACCGCGUUGUGGUAGUAUGCCUCGGCCUGCUGGACACGGGGCUGCUGAUCGCUGCGUUGGUCUUGGGCAUUUACUGUGCCAGGGCCAAAGACAUGCAGCAGGUCUCAGAUUCGGCUUUUGCACCCCUCGUCAUUGAGAGAGACUUUCUGCGGAACCAAAGUGACCUGACAAAAGCCUCGGCGACGGUUCAGAAGCUGGAGUCUAGACGCAAAGAUCAGACGAUUCUCAAGCUCAAGGUGAAACAGCUCCAGGUCGUGGGGGACCACCUGCAGAGCCACAUUCUGCUGCUGAGAGUGACACAGACAGACCUGGAGGCCAACAAAACUCAACUGGAGAGAAGCUGUGGCAGAUGUCCUCCUGGAUGGUUGCUUCUCAAAACGUCGUGCUAUUUUUUCCACAUUCCUUUGUCCAACUUCAGAAAGAACUGGCCAGACAGCCGAGCCGACUGCGUGAGCCGAGGUGCCGACCUGCUGGUCAUCAACAAUUUGGACGAACAGAAACUAAUUAACAGCCACUAUCCAAAGUUACUUUUUCAACAUCAAUGGACCUCAAGUUUCUGGAUAGGGCUCACUGAUGCCGUGUCAAGCGGAGUCUGGACCUGGGUGAAUAAUGUCACUGAAGACAACACAAUGUACUGGUUCCCUGGGCAGCCCACCACUGGAGAAAAACUGAACAAACACUGUGCUGUAUUUGGUCGCAGUAUUGUGUCGUGGAAGUCCUGGUUCAAUAGAGACUGUGAGCAUGAUCGGCUGAACUGGAUUUGCGAGAUGCCGCCGAGAUAG